AUGGCUUUAGAACAAAACCAGCUUCACUUUCUUGUUAUACAAUUACCCAUGGGAACUCCUGGCCACUAUAUCCCCAUCAUAGACAGGGCCAAGUUAGUUGCUCAAUACGGUGUUCGAGUCACCAUAGUCGUCCCCGUCAACGCCCUCAGAUUUGGGUCAAUCCUUGAUCAAGCAAUCCAAUUAGGUCUUCCCAUUUGUUUUCUUGAAUUCCCAAUUUCAUAUAAGGAGUUUGGCUUACCAGAAGGUUGUGAAAGUUUAGAUAAUCUUCCUGGUAUGGGACAGACAGGUGCUCUUAUGCAAGCCUACAGAUCACUACAAACACAAGUUGAACAACAUAUGGAAAAGCUUAAUCCUAGGCCGAACUGCAUAUUAGCCGACACGUUUCUCCUGUGGACAGGUGAAACAGCAAAAAAGUUUCAGAUUCCAAGGAUUAUAUUUGAUGGAAUGAAUUGCUUAACCCGGAUGUGUAACCAUGUUUUAUACUUCUCAAUGGUAUAUGAAAGUGUGGGCGAGUCUGAGUUGUUCGUUUUGCCAGGUCUGCCUGAUCAUAUUGAACUAACAAGAUCCCAACUUCCGUUUGCAUUUAAUCCAAGGCUUAAAGGUAUGAGUGAUUUUAAUGAGAAGCUUCUAGCAUCGGAAUCCGAAGCUUAUGGAAUAGUUGUAAACAGUUUUGAGGAGUUGGAGCAAGGCUAUGUUGAUGAAUAUCAGAAAGUGAAAGGAGAUAAAGUUUGGUGCAUAGGGCCAUUAUCACUAUGCCACAAGGAUGAAUCAGAGAAGGUCCAGAGUGUUAGUGAAAAAUCAUCGAAAAGACCAUUCAUUUGGGUAGUUAGAGCAGGUCAUAAGAUUGAGAAAAUAGAAAAAUGGAUAGAUGAACAGGGGUUUGGAGAGAGAACCAAAGAUAGAGCUCUAUUGAUCUGCGGGUGGGCUCCACAACUGCUAGUCUUGUCACACCCUGCGGUCAGAGGGUUUUUGACUCACUGUGGGUGGAAUUCAAAUCUAGAAGAGGUUUGUGCCGGUGUCCCUAUGGUAACAUGGCCCCAGUUUCAAGAGCAGUUCUACAAUGAGAAGUUAGUUGUACAAGUGUUGAGAACUAGAGUUAGUGUUGUUGCUCAAAAAACUUCAGGGCUUUGGUUGAUGAAGAUAAGUCUGGAGAGUUUGUAAAGAGUGAGGCAUUUUUAAAGGCUAUAGAGAUGGUAAUGGAAGAGGGGAAAGAAGGAAAAGAGAGAAGAAAAAGAGCUAAAGAACUUAGUAAGAUCGCGAAUAGAGCAAUGGAGGAGGGAGGAUCUUCCCACCGAAACAUGACUCGAUUAAUCGAAGAUAUCAAGAACCAAGCAAAAAUAGGAAAUUAAGGUUAGAAGAUAGAUAGUGUUCAUUCACCUACAUUUGAGCUUAUGAUUUAUAUGAUCUAUGUUAUUAAUUCAAUUACAUUAAGCCACUUUUCAUGCUCUCUUUCGUGCGGCUUCAAGAGAUUUGUUU